AUUAUAUAAACAAACCCCCCACUGCUCUUUCAACAGCUCUAUCCCCAUACCAUUUCCCCUCUUUUCUUCUUUAUUUCUUCAUCUCUCUAAUUUUAUGAAAAUGGCAGGAGUUGCUAAUGCCCCAUUUGUUUGUGCAAUUUUAGUGUUCAGCAUGGUGGUGGUGCCAAGCUUGGCCACCGUUUACACCGUGGGAGAUUCCAGUGGCUGGACCCUGGGUGCUGAUUAUAGCACCUGGACCAGCGGCAAAAACUUUACGGUUGGUGAUAGCCUUGUGUUCAACUAUGGAAGUGGGCACACCGUUGAUGAAGUGAGCGAGAGUCACUACAACACAUGCACCACUGGGAAUGCGCUCACCACAGACAGCAGCGGUGGAACAAACAUCACUCUGAAGACCGCCGGGGCUCAUUACUUUAUUUGUGGUGCGGUUGGUCAUUGCGGCAACGGCAUGAAACUUGCUGUGACUGUCACAGAAGGAUCAACGUCUUCUGGAAAUGCCUCUUCCACCCCAACAACCACUUCUGGUCGCAACAAUCAUCACUCUAAUAAUGUUAACGAAUCAUCUUCCGGGGCUGCUCUCUCCCCAUUUUUCACUGUCGUAUUUACUUUUGUUGCAUUUUUUUAAGUUCGUUUGCUCUCAGUUAAGUGACCAGGAUAGAAACAGUGCUUUCUUUAUCUCUUUCUACUCCGUUUCCUGUUUGUAUUCAGGAGUUAUAUUCGGAUCCAGUGACAAGGUCCACAAUAUAGUGUUUACAGUCUCGAAUCCAAGCCCUUUUGUAUUAUCUUGGUAUUCCAGGCUUAAUCAAUCAAGCUAACCUUUGGGGCA